AUGACCAUGAAUAUCAUAAGCAGUAAUAAUUCAACAUCAACAUCAACAUCAAAUAGUAAUUUUAAUUCACAUGGUUAUGAAUAUAAUAACAAUAACAAUAACAAUAAUAAUAGAAUGAACGAUACAUCAUCAUCAUAUCGAAAUUCUAAUAGGUACAACCACAACAAUAACGACCAACAUCGAGGUGGUGGAUAUCGUGACAAUAGAGAUCGUGACAAUGUCAGAGAUCGUGAUAAUGUGAGAGAACGUGAUAGAGAUUAUAGAGAUGACAAUAAUAAUAAUAAUAAUAAUAGCAACAUCAAUAAUAACAAUAUAAAUGGUAAUAAUAAUACCAGAAUGCGGAAUAAUGAUAGAGACUAUCCAAUAAGACGAUCAUACAAUAACAACACUGGUAAUCAUUGGAAUCAACAAUUCUUGCGUCAAGAAGAAGAGGCCAAUAGAUACAAACGUGACUAUUCAACGCUUCAACUAUCGAACGAUUCACUCAAACGUCGUAGAACCAAAGAUGGUAGAAUAGAUCUUAAUGAUUCCAGUGAUUUGAGUAGUAAUAGAGAUAUCGAUAAUAGAGAUAAUAAUAAUAUUAGUAGUAGUAGAGAUAAUAGUAGUAGAACUAAUGAUUACGAUAGUAAUAACAAUAGACAAAGAGAAAGAGAAAGAGAUAGAGAAAGAGAUAGAUCUUUGAAACACUCUAGAUCUAGGUCACCUUCACCUUCAUCUUCAUCUAUUAAUAUGAACGGUGGUGGAAGUGGAAGUGGUAGCGGUAGUGGUAUUGGUAGUGGUAACAACAUUGGUGGAAGUGGAAGUGGAAGUGGUAACGUUAGUAUUUCAAACAGUAGAAGAUCAAGGUCAAGAGAUAGAUCACCUCCCUCUAGUAACAAUCGAUAUUAUAACAACAACAAUGGUGGAUAUAAUAGUAGACAAUCCUCACCACCAAAGCGAUACAACAACAACAACAACAACAACAAUAAUUAUUACAAACAAAACCAAAGUAAAGACAAUUCUUUUGUAUAUAAAGAUCGAGAUCUUGAUAACUACAUUGAUGAUAUCGAUUCGAAAGAAAGAGAAAGAGCGCAUGCUUCACCGACAUACGAAUCAUUAUUGCAUCAAAGUAAACCUUAUCUUGGUGUUCAAGAUAUGAAUGGUGGAGAUAAUAAUAAUAAUAAUAAUAGUAGUUAUAAUAAUAGUAGUUACAAUAGUAGUAGUUAUAGUAAUAGUAACAGUAACAAUAAUAGUAGUUCUUAUGGUCCUAGUAGUAAUAGUAUUAAUAGUUUUGAUUUGGAUAGUAAACAGAGAGAUUUGAAAGAUUUUAGAGAGCAAAGAGAGCGUGAUAAGAUGAACCUUCAACGUGAAAAGGAAAGAAGAGAGAAAGACCAGUACCGUGAUCAUCAUUAUUCCCAACAACAACAACAACAACAACAACAACAACAACAACAACAACAACAACAACAACAACAUCAGCAUCAAGAUUUAAAAGAAAAAGAUAGAGAAAGAGAAAGAGAAAAGGUGAGAGAUAGAGACAGAGAUAGAGAUAGAGAAAGAGAAAGAGAAAGAGAUAGAGACAGAGAGAGGGAAAGAGAAAGGGAAAGGGAAAGAGAUAGAGAUAGAGAGAAAGACGACAGAGAACGAAAGGAUCUAGAAGAACAACAGAGAGUAUACAAAGAGUUUGAUGAUAGAGCUGCCAAGGAGAGAGAAAAUCGAUCACAACGUGAUAAACGAGUUCUAAUUGGUUUAAUUGAGAAACAACAUGCUGAGUCAACAAAACAACAAAAUUCAAAUAACAGCAGCAAGAGUGAGAAUGAUGUUGUUGUUGUUGAUUCGGAUGGGACAACGGCUAUCGGUAAAACAGCUGACACUUCUCAUGAUAGUCGUAACACUCGUACCGAUGUUGGCUCACCCAGUAUGGAGAAAUCCAAGAGUAAUGUAUCGACGUCGUCAUCGCCAAUCACACCUCUGACACCAAAGCCACUGAGCACCAGACCAAACAUCGGUUGGGGUGAAGGUUUAAUUACGAAAUCAACUGAGCCUGAAGUCAGUGAUAGUAGUAUCAAUAGUGAAACUACUGCUACUGCUACCAGUAGUAAUAGUGUUAAUGGUAAUACUCUAACUAUAUCAGAUUCACCUGCUCUUGCUCUUACCGAUGCCGAUACCUUAACCAAGAUAUUCAGUGGCACCGUUGACACAUUGAAUACACCACUCUCAAGUACACACUCAUCCAACUCAUUACAACCAACACCAUUCGAUAGCAACAACAACAACAACAACAUUGUUAACAAUAUGAACAAUAUGAACAAUAGCAUCAACAAUAGCAAUAUCAUCAAUAGUAAUAAUGUCAAUAACAACAAUAGCAUGCUCAUCAAUAAUAAUGAUACAAAUGCAUCAUAUCCACCAAACUCUCCAAUGCCUUCACUUUCACUGUCAUCACCAAGCUUAUCUCAUGCAAACAUAGCUGAUUAUCGUGGUCAGAAUGUUAACAACAAUCUUAUGAAUAGCAAUAAUAUGAUGAAUAACAACAAUAACAUGUUAAAUAACAAUCAAAACUAUAAUAAUAAUUAUAAUAACAAUAUGAAUAUGAAUAACAAUUAUAUGAAUAUGUAUCCUCAACAAAGUCCAAGCUAUUACUCACAACAAAUGCAAUCACAACAUCAAAAUAAUAAUAGUAUGCAGGUGAACAACAAUAGCUAUGGUGGUAAUGCCAAUGCAGUAUCCUCACCAGCAAAUAAUGGUGCACCGUUAUCUCCAAGAAACAAUGUUGUUGCUGCUGCUGCUUGUACCAUCAAGAAUGAAGUAGUGGAAGGGCCAAUGUAUCUACCGAUGCUGCCAUCGAAGGAGCAAGUCAUCUUUAGUAUGGAGAAUCUCGACAAUGAUAUCGCAGCCGUCGAGAAAGAGUUGAAAAUACUACAGAACUCACUGAACAAAGUAGAGUCGACUCUGAGCAGACUAAAGAUUGAAAAGGAGGAAGAAGAGCAGCUGCUGCUACAACAAGAGGAGGAAGCGAAACAAAGUAGCAGUGGAACUUCUACUAGUACCGCCACCAAGAAGAGUAGUGCCGUCACCACUGCAGCAACUGGUAAGAAGAAGAGAAAGGUUGUUGCAUCGAGACCUUCGAUACUACCGACUUCGCCAGCGAAACCAAAGACCAAACCAUCGGCGACAUCCGCGACCGCAGCCAACGUCUUUGUUCCAAAGGCUACGAGAUGUCUUGAGAACGAGCAGCAAGUCUACGCUGAGAAUCAAGAGUAUGCCAGACAGGCAGACGAUCUCGUACUACAGACAUUCGAUGGUGCAAAGACCUAUGACGACAUCUCUGAGUUUCCAAUCUACCAGGAGACCAUCGACAACCACGAGAAGAUCAAAGACCAAUUCAAUGCAGUAUUACUAAGACGCAAACUAGAACUGCAACAAUACAACAAGAAGUUGGUAACUAAAUUUACAAAGGCAAUAGUCAACUUUAAAAAGAAGUUGAUUCAAAUCGAUGAAAAUCUACCAAAGGCAAAUGAUAAACCAAUCAAUAAGACAAGACCUGGACUUAGAUCUGGAACAAGAACAAGAAGACCUAUUCUUUCGGAUGCAGUGCGAAGUGAAGCAGAGUUCAUUGAGAUAAUGGAUCAGUUGAGAGAACAAGACGAAGCUACCGAUCCAAAUUGUAGAUUCGUUCACAUGAUGGCAGAAAUACCUCCAAUGUUACCACCAAGUGAAAGAGAGCUACAAUAUAUCAAUUACAACGGUUUGAUAGAGGAUCCUGUUGCAUACGACAAGGAGCGAAAAACAAUGGUUGUCUGGACUGACGAAGAGAAAGAUAAAUUUGUUAAAAAGUAUAUUUUGUAUCCAAAGAAAUUUGCCAAGAUUGCUUCAUUUUUCGAUACCAAGACCCCCGAGGAUAUGGUUGUAUUCUACUACAAUAACAAGAAGACAUUAAAUUUGAAAACACAAUUACUGAAUGCACAAACAAAGAAAAGAGGAAAGAAAGGAUUGGAACAUGCAUUCUUAUCAACUACCCAUGUAAAUAAUUCACCAGUUUUAUCACCUAAAACAACACCCAAAGUCACAUCGAGAACGAGGUCAGGAAAGCCAAUGAAAGAAUUGGUUCCAGAACCCACAGAGCCAGCUCCACGUCUUACUGCAAGAGAACAAGUUUUAUUGGCAAUGCAAACGACAAUCUCGUCUUCACCAGCACCAUCACCUGCAAUCACACCUAACAAAGAGAAAGAAAAAGAGAAAGACAAAGACAAAGAGAAAGAGAAGGAUAAAGAUAAAGAAAAAGAAAGAGAUAAAGAUAAAGAAAAGGAGAAAGAUAAAGAUAGAGAGAAAGAUAAGGAUAAAGAGAAAAAUAAAGAAAAAGAUAAAGAUAAAGAAAAAGAUAAAGAUAAAGAUAAUUCAACACACACCAUCAGUCAAUCAGCGAUGCUCAAUCCCCAAGAACCAGGCUACGAAACUAGAUACCCGUGGUCGAAUGAUGAACGAGAGCUUUUUAAUACUGCAUUUGCCAAGCAUGGAAUGGAUUUCAAAUUGAUAUCAGAUACCGUUGGAACCAAGACGUACUCGCAAUGUAGAAGUUUUUAUUACAACUCUAGAAGGAAAAAGCAAGAUAAGAAAAAGAUAGAAUCACCCUCAAGUUCUGACUCUUCCGACGAGUAA